UGCAUGGUGACGUCAUAAGUGUCUGCAACGCGGCGUCAUGCGCAGCGCUGCAGGCUCUGCAUCGGCGUACGCGCAUCGGCGCCAUGGGCGCAGCCGUUUGGGGGAGGGUUUGUCUGGAGCAUUCGGAGACCGGCGGUGGUCACGUGAUACGGUCACGUGUUUUUGGGAACAGUGCAAAUUUAUGAAAACAUUACAUUUUAAAAUACAGCAAGCAAGUUUUAAAAUAGCAAUAUUUUCAGUGAGGCUGGGUGUUAUCUAUUGGAUUUCAGCGCCAGUUUGUGAUCACGUGAUCGCCGGAGCAGCUGAUUCCUCAACUGCCCGAGGCCACUGCCGCGCCAUGAGGGCACACGGCCAAUGUCAUGGCUGCUCUGCUGUCAGGAGCGCCGGGCUGUGAGCGGCGACUGUGGUGUGUGGCGCCGCGCUCCGCGUGUUAGCUCUGUGAUCCGGUGAUUGUGGACGCGCUGCAGCUGCACCGCGGUGUGGCCGCCCCCAGUGCGCGGUACUCUGAAUCCCCAGCUGGCGGUGUCUCCGCUUUCCCGGCGCUGGGCGCCGCUGGCCCUGCUGCUGGGGGCCGCCUGCUGUCCGCCGCUGUUGGUCGACUGGAUGAGCCCGCUGCGGCUGCUGCGCCACCUCUGCCCCUCGUCCGCCGCCCGCGCCAUGUCCGCCGCCGCUGGUGCCGCCGCCGGUGCCGACCUCUCGGUGGUGUAUGUGACGGCGCCGUCCGAUGAGGUCGCCCGUCGUUUGGCCGCCCUGCUGGUCCAGGAGCGCCGGCUGGCCGCCUGCGUCAACAUUGUGCCCGCCGUCACCUCGGUGUACGAGUGGGAGGGCGAGGUGCACCACGACAACGAGACGCUGCUCAUCAUCAAGACGCGCGCCGAGGCGGUGCCGGAGCUGGCGGCGGCCGUGCGCCAGAGCCACCCGUACGACUGUCCCGAGGUGCUGGCGCUGCCCGUGGUCGGCGGCAGCGAGCCCUACCUGCAGUGGGUGCGGGACACCGUGCGGUCCAAACAGCCCUGAGGGGAGGUAUGAUGCGGCCCAAACAGCCCUGGGAGGAGACACGGUGCAGCUUGACGGCGGGAAAGGCCCGGAUUGGUCUCUCAGCCAAAAUGCUGUGAUUUGAGUGCGAUCCCGUCAUCGUCCGGCAUAUGGUGAUAGGAUGAUCGGAUAGCGCAUUUAUCGUUGACAUGUAUUAAAGCGGGUUCUUGUCCAACCAGGAGAUGGUUUGUGUUUAACGCGUUUGGUUUGUAAGAGGUUUGUCAUUCGUAUAAUAAAGUGCAUGUGUGUCUGA